AUGGCGCGAGCAACGCCGCGGCGGGCCACUCGAGACCAGGCCCGGGAGCGCGCUGCCGUGUCGUGGCCCACAACAACAUACAACGUCGCUGGCGGCCCUCGUCCACGGCGUUCGUUUUCGGCCUGUCCGGAGCAUACCAUCACCCCCUCCUCCCCACACCGUGCGCCGUUAUCAUCGUCGACUAGCCGGCUGACGACAUUCCGUACCGACGCCUCCGCACCGCGCUGUUCUCCUACUCCGACGCCACCCGAACGCAGCUGCAUCGUGCAUAGCAAUCUAUUCUUAUCUAUUUCACCACUGCCUGAAUCAACUAUAAAACUAAAUAAACUAAUGAAAAGUUCAACAUGGAUCACAAUAGUAUAUAUAUAUAUAUAUAUAUGUGAAGACAUUUCAGGUAUUGCAUGCCAUACAGCAUUACACACUUAUAUAAGGACCUACGCAAGAAUGCAAAAUUAUUAUCGUUUUAGAUAAUUGGCUAAAAGAUUAGACAUUUAAAAUGUAUGUUAUUAUGAGUUAUAAUCAACCUUAUUCUUCAGAAGCUCAGACACUUACCACCAUGGUACCAUCCACUUUCACUGAUGGUUUUGGUGCCA